AUGAACCAUGACCUCGGUCACACCCUUUUCCACCGUGCCAUAAUCGAGUCGGGCGCCGCAACCUCCCGGGCCGUCCAUUCUUACGACGCUCAUCUCCACGAGGACCAAUUCCGCCAGUUUGUCGAGGAAGCCGGCUGCAAGGAUGCACCCAGUCAUGAGGUGAUGGACUGUCUACGCGGUCAACCCGAGUCCGCUAUCACCAACGCCUCCUUCACCGUGUUUGACCGAUACAACCCCUCCGUACGAUGGGCCUUCCAACCCGUCAUCGACGGAGAACUCAUCAAACAACGACCCAUCGACGCCUGGGAAUCCGGCAAAUGGAACAAAAUACCAAUUCUGACGGGAUUCAACACCAACGAAGGCACGUACUACGUACCCCCGUCCAUGUCCAAGUCGGAAGAGUUCACCGCGUUCUUCCAAACCCUCCUCCCCGCCUACUCGGCAUCCGAUAUCAAAACAAUCGACAAGCUCUACCCCGAUCCAGCGAAGGAUACCUCGUCGCCUUAUGUCGAUACAAGAGCUCUACCGGUCGGACCUCAAUACAAACGCGUCGAGGCCGCAUACGGGCACUACGCGUACGCCUGUCCGGUGCGCCAGACGGCGAAGUUUGCCUCGGCAGGCCAGGAGCCUCCUGUCUUCCUUUAUCGCUGGGCACUCAAUAAGACUGUGCAAGGUGGCGCGAACCAUGGCGACCAAAUGGCAUACGAAACUUUUAACCCCGAGGUGCGUGCUAUCUCUGAGAAUCAGGAGAAGAUUGCGGGUACCUUGCAUGCAUACUUUACUUCGUUCAUUGUUUCUGGGGACCCGAAUGCUGUCCCUGGUGCGUAUGCAGACCGUCCCAGCUGGGAGACGUAUGAUACAUCUUCCUCUGGUAGGAUCAUGGUGUUCGGUGAAGGGAAUGAUGAGCGCGCAGGCGGAAGUGGCGUGGGAAUUGCGGCGCAGGUGGUGGAUGACGACUGGAGUCGGAAGGAAUGUAAUUUCUGGUGGACGAAGUCAGGGAUCUCGGAUUAG